AUGCUCCGGUCAUGUAUUCGUCGCGGUACGCUCCGCUCUAUCAGCGUGCGGCGUCUGAAUCCUGCCAUUCAAUUCGCUAGCCAUGCCUUCUCCACUGCGACAACUCAAGAGCGAGUCCCCCUCCGCAAGCAACUUAAGCAGGAAGCCAAAUCACUCCGAUCACACAAGAAGCAACGCAAGGAGGACGAGGAAGCAUCUCGGCAAGAAUGGGAACUGACAGUGGGCGUGGAGAUCCAUGCACAGCUGGAUACCGAGGCUAAAUUGUUCUCCCGAGCUGCAACUUCAACAAGCGAUAUUCCCAAUUCCAAUGUAGCCUUGUUCGACUUGGCCUUCCCGGGGAGCCAACCGGAAUUCCAAAUCGCAACCCUUCUCCCCGCUCUGCGCGCAGCCAUUGCCUUGAACUGCGAAAUCCAGCCCGUCAGUCGAUUCGACCGGAAACACUAUUUCUACCAAGAUCAGCCGUCGGGGUAUCAGAUCACCCAAUACUAUGAACCCUUCGCCCGAAAUGGAUAUGUCGAUCUAUACGACUACGACGGAAUUGCCCCAGAAGAUGGGGACCGAGUUCGCAUCGAUAUAAAACAACUCCAGCUCGAGCAGGACACGGCAAAAUCUCAGGAAUAUCCGCCCACGACGCAGCUACUGGAUUUCAACCGUGUGUCGCACCCCCUCAUCGAGAUUAUCACCAUGCCUCAGAUCCACACACCAGCAACCGCCGCAGCCUGCGUUCGGAAGCUCCAGUCUAUCGUACAAUCAUGUGGGGCGGUGACAACGGGUAUGGAGUUGGGUGGUCUCCGUGUUGACGUGAACGUUUCAGUCCGUCGCCGAGACGCAGCAGCUGGGCAACAUCAUUACAACGGGAUCAGCGGACUGGGACAGCGGACUGAAAUCAAAAACCUCAGCAGCUUCAAGGCCGUAGAGGAUGCUAUCAUUGCUGAGAAGAACCGCCAGAUCACGGUCCUGGAGAGCGGUGGUGUCAUUGAAGGAGAAACGCGAGGAUGGACCAUUGGUAGCACUGAAACCCGCAGGCUUCGUGGCAAAGAAGGCGACGUCGAUUAUCGUUACAUGCCCGACCCCGAUAUUCCGCCCUUAAUUAUCGGACAGGAUCUACUCGCCAACCUGAACAGCACCCUCCCGACGUCCCCAGACUCCCUCAUUACCCUCCUCGUUGGUGUCGAACACAGGCUGUCCAUUGACGAUGCCAAGCCACUUAUCGAAUUGGACGAUGGGGCGCGUCUUGAAUAUUACCACGAUGUGGUAGAGACUCUACACACUCUACAGGCAGACCAGGAUUCCACCUCGCGCGCCGGCCUCGGUCGGUCAGUAGGCAACUGGGUCCUGCACGAGCUCGGCGGGCUGCUCACCAAGUCAGACCGCGCCUGGGAUGCAGAGAUUGUCCCCGCCCAAUCCCUCGCACACCUGAUCGACCAGCUCCAGCGCAAGCGGAUCACUGGACCGACCGCCAAGCUGGUCCUAGCCACCAUUUUCGAUGGUGACCGUCGACCGGUGUCCCAAAUUCUCGAGGAAGAGAACCUUCUCCUACGGCCCCUUUCUCGCGACGAAUACGUGGCACUGGCGCAGUCGGUUAUGGCGCUUAAUCCGCAAAUGAUCGAGCAGAUCCGCAGCAAGAACCAACUUGGGAAAUUAGGUUGGUUCGUGGGCCAGAUGAUGCGCACCGGUGAGAAGGGCCGUGUAGAGGCUCCCAAGGCCGAGGAAAUCCUUCGGGAACUCAUCCUCGGGUCAACUGUAUAA